CGUAUGUGCUUUGAAGUCAAAGACCUGCUCUCUGACUCUUCCAGCAUGUGUCGAGUUCUUCUGUGAGUCACUUGAGUCGCCUUCGUGGUAUCCUUCCUCCGCCGCGGUCAUUCUUCUUCCGCAUACAUGAAAGCCUCCGCUACUCCGAUCUUCUCCGCUCUACUGUCUUGAGUUUUGUACCUUCUUAAGCAUCCAGAUAUCCUUUACCGUAUAUACAUACUCUACACACUCUACGUCUUCUUAUUCAGACAUGGAAAACGCUCGUGCUCUCCUUUUCGAUGUAUUCGGCACCUGUGUCGACUGGAGGACUACAGUCACCAACGCCUUGAUUCAACAAUGCCGAGUGGCCUUGAUGAGAAGAUCGGCAAUCAUCACCAACGAUGUCCGAGUCAAAGCCAGUGCAAUGAGCGAUGAAGACUGGGGUGCUUUUGCUCAGGAGUGGAGAAACAGCUAUUACAAGUUCACCCGAUCUCUGGCAGCCGAUGCAUCACUCAGCUGGAAGACCGUUGACGACCAUCAUCUCGAAUCUCUACAGGAGCUGUUAUUCAAUCAUGGUCUGGGACGUGAAGACGGCGACUUCGGAGGUCUUUGGAAUCAUCUUGAAGUCAAGGAGAUGAGUCUCAUCUGGCAUAAGCUCGACCCCUGGCCCGAUACCGUUGCUGGUCUUGAGGCUUUGAACACAAAGUACGAGACUUGCACCCUUUCCAACGGCAAUAUCGCUCUCCUCACGGACAUGAAGGAGCAUGGUGGUAUGCCUUUCAAGCACAUCUAUUCUUCUGAAUUGUUCAACUCUUACAAGCCCAAUCCUGCCAUCUACCUUGGGGCUGCAAAGAGAUUGGGUCUUGAGCCGAGUCAGUGCGUCAUGGUCGCGGCACAUCUGGGUGAUCUAGAGGCUGCGAAGAACUGUGGAUACCACACUGUCUAUGUUGAGCGAUCUCAAGAGGAACAAAAUGAAAAUGAAGAAGAAGCCAGGAGGAAGGGUUUUGUAGAUAUUUGGGUUGGUAUUGAUGAGAAAGGUUUUGUGAGUGCUGCAAAGAAGCUGGGCAUCAGUGUGUAGCGGCUAAGUACAGCUUGUCCGGGGGGCCACCCUGAUCAGCCAUGUAAUACCAACAGUCCAGUCCUCUACUCGAUAUAUUCUGUGCUAUACCAUCUAUUC